UGGCGCGAAGCCGUUAUGGUUAUGAAUGUUUUCUCUUCCACCACUCAUCGUCUCAAUCGUUCGAACUUGUCAAGCCAUGUCGGCCGCCGCGACAGCCACCACUUUAUCUGCUCAAGGAGAUGAGGAUCUCGACGAUUAUAAUCCACAGGCGAAGCUUAUACAAACGCUUGAAGGCAAUGGAAUUACGGCUGGGGAUAUUAAGAAACUUCAAGAUGCUGGUUAUUAUACGGUGGAAGCUGUCGCAUAUACUCCUAAGAAACACCUUAUAACAAUCAAGGGUAUCAGUGAAGCGAAGGCUGACAAGAUUCUUCAAGAAGCUUCAAAACUUGUGGUGAUGGGGUUUAAAAGUGCUACUGAGAUUCAUCAGACCCGUGCCAAUACUGUAUUCCUAACCACAGGCUCUACGGAGCUGGAUAGAUUGUUGGGUGGAGGAAUUGAGACUGGUUCAAUUACAGAGAUAUUUGGUGAAUUCAGAACAGGAAAGUCUCAGCUCUGUCAUACUUUAGCAGUAAAUUGUCAAUUACCGAUAGAUAUGGGUGGUGCUGAAGGUAAAUGUCUCUAUAUAGAUACAGAAGGUACAUUUCGUCCUGAGAGAUUAAUUGCAGUUGCUGAAAGAUAUCAAAUUGCUGGGGACUCAGUUCUAGACAAUGUUGCUUGCGCUAGAGCAUAUAAUACUGAUCAUCAGACUCAACUUUUGAUACAAGCUAGCGCAAUGAUGAUAGAAUCUCGAUAUGCUUUGCUUAUAGUAGACAGUGCUACAGCCCUGUAUCGCACAGAUUACUCUGGCAGGGGAGAACUAGCAGCUAGACAAAUGCAUUUAGCUAGAUUUCUGAGAAUGUUGCUACGAAUAGCAGAUGAGCAUGGUGUUGCUAUUGUGAUUACCAAUCAAGUUGUUGCUCAAGUUGAUGGAGCAGCAAGUAUGUUUGGUGGAGAUCAGAAAAAGCCUAUAGGUGGUAAUAUUAUUGCACAUGCGAGUACCACGCGGUUAUAUUUACGAAAAGGUAGAGGUGAGACUAGAAUAUGUAAAAUAUAUGAUUCGCCGUGUCUGCCAGAAAAUGAAGCAACAUUUGCUAUAAAUCCUGAUGGUAUCGGGGAUGUGAAAGAAUAAUGAAAACUGCAAUCUGUUAUUAAUAACAAUAUAAUUAUUUAAUUAUCAAUCAUGCACAAUGAUAAGCUCAUAAUAUUGUAUUAUGGUAACAUUUAACUAUGAAAACAUAAUUUCUUCUGACAAUCAGUGUGAUUGAUAACUGAAUAAUAAAUGUAUAAAACAUAUUUUGUCUGACAUUUUACUAGCAAUACAUACAUAAUUGGAUUAAGUAAAUAUUUUUAUAAGAUUGAUGUAAAGAGAAUAAAUUGUUAUUUAACAUUCA